AUGUGUCAACACUUCGCUCGCCGUGGCGGAUCCACCAUCCGCACUCGUCAGAUCACAAGGGUAGCUCAGAGCUAUUCGGAAGGCACUGGUGUAGUCCGCAGUAUCACCUUCGUCAAAGCCGUCAGCAAAGACACCUACGAAGGCCGUCUGGGCGACGGAAAACGAUUCAGAGUCACCAAAGACGACAUUAGCACGGAUCCAAGCAUAUACCAGCUUGGUAAAGAGCCAGGUCACCACAACUGCUACCAACUGAUCUUCAAGGCGUUCGAAAGGUAUCGCGAGUUGAAAAUGGUCAAGCCGGCCUGCGGGCCCAAGCAACAAGACAUACCAAACAGACCGAAGAAGGUAUUCUAUUUCUGUGAUGGCGAGAGUAUCACAGAUCUGGAAUUGAAAGAGGAUGAAGAUAUCGACGAAUUCAAUAUUGUCGAGAUCAAAGACCGUGAUGACGAUACCAUGAGGAGGUAUCUCAGGGAGACAGGAUGGGUGUCUUCCAACAAGACCACUCAAUCUGAUGGUGAAGAGGACUGA